AUGUCUUUUCCUCCUCCAUUGCGUCCCUGGGAGUCUAUUGCCACAUCCUCUCAUGGUCCUUCUGCCACCUCCCCAUACUCUAUCAAAACAAGGAUCCUUCCUGCUAAAGAUGGCAUUGCUGUGUCUCUCUGUCUAGUGGAUAGCCGCAACUGUAGGUCUGAUCAAGAAGAUCAGAUGAGAACAGUGUCAAAAUCUGACAAUUUGGUGCCUCCUAACAUGGUGCAUACACAUAACAACAUAUGCCCUGAAGGGGAUUAUGUAGAGUUUGCCAAGGACAAAGUAGUAACUGCACAAGAUAGGACAUGGAACCAACACAACUCUCAUAUUCUGAAGUCCAGUGGACCUACCUCCUCCUCACCUCCCCAACCUGGUCCAUCCAGGAACCAUACACCCUGUAUACGUACUGUCAGGUUUGCAGAAGAGCCGUGUACACCUUGCAUGAGUAGAAAGUUAGGACAGGAAACCAAAGAGUAUGAUCUGAAGUGCCGAUAUCGGGUGCCCCAUAUGGAAGUGCAGCAGAAUUCCAUGAACGUUCAAAGGGGCUGCACCUUAGGGGAUCUUAAAGAACAAGAUUCCUGUAUUUGGGGUGUGGAAUUAGAAAAUGAGAGGCGUAGAAUCCCUGGAAGUCCACCUUUCUGUUACCUCUCAGAAAAGUCUUGUAAGGGCCAACCUGUGAGUCAAGUCUUAAACGGAGAACAUGGGGACACUCAAACAAAGCUGCAGAUGCCUUUGCAAGAUCCUUCAAGUUCAAAUCAGGGAACAAUUAAUGCUCAUAUGCAAACAGAGAAGGGAAUCUCUGAGAAAUGCUGGGUUGUUGUCCAAAGAGAUGAUGCUAAAGAUAACAAAGACAGCUGCCAAGGCAUUAUUCCGAGGUUAUGUGUAAUGCAAGGUAAAAAGACCACAGCUUUUGGACUUGUUUCCCCAAAGGUAGGGAGGCGAAGGCUCCCAAACCAAGAAUAUGAUCCACAGGUUAGGAGACAGCCCUCUUCUCCCAUGACUGGACAACAAUCAGAUAUCCAGGUGGAGCAGGCAAACUACACUGACACCACAAAGCCUGGGGUUCCAUCCCUACCGCAGUCGAAAUCAAGCAUUCAUUUAAUUCAAUUAAGGAUUGCUUGUCUUCCAGGUAGCAGGGACAGAGCUGGUAGAGCCAUGGUGGAGCUUUAUGGAGACAAUGAGGCCUGGAGCUCCUCUCUGGUGUCUAGCCUGGAGCUCUCUAAGCUGUUGCUGUACUUCUAUUCUAUUAUAAGGAAGGAAGAGCUCGGAAUGACUCUGGUUCUUGACGCACAAAAGAAGCCACCUCAUCCAGAGUUCUACAAAGCUCUGUUAAUGUUGCAUGAGCAGUGCCCCCAUUCAAUCCAUGGUGUUCUUAUACUGAUGAAUAAGGAGACCAGCUACAGUCCAGAGAAAUGUCCUGGACUGAUGGUGGAUAUUGUAACCUCACUGAGAACCCUUCAUAGGACAGUGGAAGGCAGUCAGUUGACCUCUGCACUGGGUGGCACCUUUCCAUACAGUCACAGUCACUGGAUAGAAAUUCAUCAGAAACUCCACCCAUUUGUGUUGGACCUGCAGGAUGCAUCAAAUCUGGUCCUUGGUGCCAUCAGGAGGUUAGAAGGUGUCCAUAAAAUUGACACCGUCCAGGAUGUGCAGCAGUGCAUCAAAGACCAGAAAACUCUAAUGAGUGAAGUGCUCAAAGACACACAGUUGGUUGCAUUGCAAAGGGAAGGUGGAGCCAAACUGGCCAAGCUCAGGAGGGAGAGUGAUUUGGAGUAUCCACACUGUGCGAACAGUCGUGACUGUGUGGACACUGUGACAGGUCUGUAUCACCAGCUGGAAGAACAGGUUCAUGUUUUGGUGAGGAAGUUCAAUGUGUCUCUUGAGCACCUUGAUUUCCUACUCAAGCUAAGGGAAAUGGAAACUCAGUGUUCAAAGGAGAAAAAGCAUCAAGCUGUAAUGUUGAUGACAGAGGCAGAGAAACUUCAGGGACCAUCUUGUCCUGAGACUGAAGUGUUCCGCCCCAUGGCUAUUGAACUGGCCAGCAACUGCAGGGCAUACCUGGGGCAGGAGCAAUUUCAUGGUUAUCCUGAAGAACAGAACUGGACCUCUCUCAAGGAGUUUUAUGAGCAACUAGGCAACUUUUCAUCAGAACAUUUCCAGGAGGUGAAAGCUCAUGCGUGUAGCCUUGGGUGCUCCAGGGUACUGCAGGUGUGGAACGAAGCCUGGCUGAACUGCCAGGAUGUCAGGAAGCAACUUGAAGAAAGACUCCAAGAGCUAGACCAAGCCCAAAGAAUAAUUUUACCCCCAGAUGAAUCUUGUGAUCCAAAUGAAUUGAACUCACCAGAAACUGAUCAUAUGGCAGUGGAUAGAUUAUCAAAGUUAUCCCAGACAGACCCAGAGAGCACUGACCAAUCUGAGGAUGAUUACUGCAGACCGACAGGCAGCUCUCUGGCUUGUUUCCACAUUAGUUUCAGGCAAAAUGACAGAAGUCCCAAAGGAUCUGGAGUUGUAAACAAAAAGGGCAAAAGGAUGCUAAGGAAAGAGACUGAUCAGGGAAAAGCCACCAAUACUGGCUUGAGUUCUGUGGCCUGUGAUUGGUUACCCCAGCAGCACAGGUUACAUGAACAUGUGGGCCAGGGUUCCAGUGCAGUAUCUGGAUGUUCUGAGCCCCAGGUCCUGACACCUUCCGGCCCCCUUGGGUAUCCCUGCCAGAUCGCACAAGACUCUCAGUACAUCCAGACCUUGCAGCAUGCUGGUCUCUGUUCUGAGAACUCAUCCUGUAUUGAAAGAGAAUCCAGGCAUACUUUGGAGUUGCCAGCAUCACCCAUGUGGACAUCUGACAGAGCAAAGUUCGAGUUCAACCCUGAACUAGCAGUGAUAUCAGACAGGAAACUACAUAGGAUCAUGGAGGAGCUGCUGUCAACAGAACUGGAGUAUGUGCAUUCUCUCAGCUACACCAUUACUCACUACCUCCCCCUCCUGGCACAGCCCAGCGUACCACAGGAACUGCGUGGUCAGCGAGGCCAAGUCUUCAGCAACCUUGAGAAAAUACAUGAAUUCCAUUGCCAUUAUUUCCUAAAAGAGCUUGAGGCAUGCCGAACAGAACCUCUGAGGGUUGGCUGCUGCUUCCUUCGUCAUAGGGAAAGCUUCGGGCUGUAUGCACUCUACACUCAAAACAAACCCCAGUCUGAUGCACUGGUUCUCACCCAUGGUCGUGAAUUCUUCAAGAGGAAGCAACUGGAAUUGGGGGAUAGCAUGGACCUCUUCUCAUAUCUGCUGAAACCAGUUCAGAGGGUCAGUCAGUACAGUCUAUUGCUGCAGGACAUAUUUGAGGAGUGUGGCCCCAACCACGACCGUGAGAGAGAAGAGAUCCAGGGAGCCAUUCAGGUGGUUCGAUUCCAACUUCGUCAUGGCAAUGAUUUGCUCACCAUGGACGCCAUCAAGGAAUGCAAUGUUAACCUGAAGGAGCAAGGUCAGCUAAUUCGCCAGGAUGAGUUUUCUGUGUUUUUCCGGAAGAAGAAAUCUCUUCGUCGUGCAUUUUUGUUUCAGGAUCUUAUUCUUCUCAGCAAGACCAAAAAAACAGACCAUGGAGAUGUCUAUGUCUACAAACAGUCAUUCAAGACAUGUGACAUUGGCAUGACGCAUAGCUCUGGAGAAAGUGGGCUAUGCUUUGAGAUCUGGGUCCACCGCAGGAAGACCCAGGACACGUACAUUCUACAGGCUGAAACAAAGGAGAUUAAAGAGGCCUGGACCAGGGAUCUGGAGCACAUCCUGUGGGAGCAAGCUGUUCGUAGUAGAGAGCUGAGAAUGCAGGAAAGGGUGUUCAUGGGUAUCCUGAGUAAACCCUUCAUGGAUAUUCAGCCAAGUGAAGCAGCUAUUUCUAACAGGGCUAUCAUAUGUGGUCUUCCAGGAAUAGGUGAUGUGUAACCUAUUUAAUUUAACUCCUUUGGCUCUGGAAGCAGUUCCUCAAACUCAGGCAGCCACUUGUCAUCCUCAUCUGGUCAUGGCUCUCUGCCACCUGCUGUUGUCCCUGGAAGCCAACCUAAUGGAGGGGGUUACAGGAAGUACUCAUGCCAGGGAAUUCUGGUGGACAGCACAGCAUCAUCAGUGGAGAACAUGACUAUGUUCACCAGACUUGCAGAUCAAAGGUGCCUCUCUGCAACAGAGGCAAAUCUGGACUGCUCCUCACCAGUCUUCUCCCUCUGCUCUGAUACUCGUGUUCUUCCAACGUCCACAGUCGAAAUACAACAGAAUGACACACUGGCUGUGUCCAGGAGGAAACCCUCCAUAAUACCUCAUCCAUGCUUUUCCUCUCAGAGUCCACAACAGGUCUUCAGGCGAUUCUGUGGAGCUGAAUCUGUUGGCCAAUGCGGGAAGGACAAUGCAGCAUGA